AUGGCUUCCAAAUGCCUCAAAGCCAGCUUCUCCUCGGGAUCCCUCAAGAGCCCAGGAGGGACCGGAGGGGGCUCCAGUCGAGUAUCCACCAUCUAUUCCAGCAGCUCUUGCAAACUCCCGAGUCUCUCCCGGGGGGCCCGAAGUUUCUCUGUGUGCACRGCCGGGCUGGGCAGAAGCAGCUCCAGGGCUUCUGGUGGCCUCCCUGCUCUCUGCCUCCCCACUGGAGGCUUUGCYGCCAGCUACAGCAUGGGUGGGGGCUGGUUUGGGGAGGGGAUCCUCACUGGCAACGAGAAGGAGACCAUGCAGUCCCUGAACGACCGGCUGGCCAGCUACCUGGAGAAGGUGCGCCAGCUGGAGCAGGAGAACGCCAGCCUGGAGAGCCGCAUUCGGGAGUGGUGUGAGCAGCAGGUGCCCUACAUGUGCCCCGACUACCAGUCCUACUUCCGGACCAUCGAGGAGCUCCAGAAGAAGACUCUCUGCAGCAAGGCAGAGAACGCCCGGCUGGUGGUACAGAUUGACAACGCCAAGCUGGCUGCCGACGACUUCAGGACCAAGUACGAGACAGAAGUGUCCCUGCGGCAACUGGUGGAGGCUGACAUCAAUGGCCUGCGCAGGAUCUUGGAUGAUCUGACCYUGUGCAAGGCUGACCUGGAGGCGCARGUGGAGUCCCUGAAAGAGGARCUGCUCUGCCUCAAGAAGAACCACGAGGAGGAAGUGAACUCACUGCGCUGCCAGCUUGGCGACCGGCUCAAUGUCGAGGUGGAUGCUGCCCCACCUGUGGACCUGAACCGUGUUCUGGAUGAGAUGCGGUGCCAGUACGAGACUCUGGUGGAGAAUAACCGCCGGGAUGCUGAAGACUGGUUUGACACCCAGACGGAGGAGCUGAACCAGCAGGUGGUGUCCAGCUCAGAGCAGCUGCAGUCCUGUCAGGCAGAGAUCAUUGAGCUGAGACGCACGGUCAACUCCUUGGAGAUUGAACUGCAGGCCCAGCAGAGCAUGAGAGAUGCUUUGGACUCCACCCUGGCAGAGACAGAGGCCCGCUACAGCUCCCAGCUGUCCCAGAUGCAGUGCAUGAUCAGCAACGUGGAGUCCCAGCUGGCCGAGAUCCGGGCUGACCUGGAGCGUCAGAACCAAGAGUACCAGGUGCUGCUGGAUGUCCGGGCCCGGCUGGAGUGCGAGAUCAACACGUACCGGGGCCUGCUGGAGAGCGAGGACAGCAAGCUCCCCUGCAACCCGUGUGCCUCUGACUGUUCAUCCUCCAAGUCAAGUUUCCCCUGCCUUCCUGCAGCCUCCUGUGGUCCAGGCAUAGCCCGCACGACCUGCAGCCCCCGCCCUGUUUGUGUGCCCUGCCCAGGGGGUCGGUUCUGA